AUGGGUUUCAUAUCAUCAAUAUUGUGCUGUUCUUCCGAGACAAAUCAAUCCAACUCCAAUUCUGCUUAUCGGCAACAACAAUCCAGCUCUCUCAGCAAGAACAGAAGCGUUAAACAUUCAAACACGAAAAGUCGAACCCAUAAUGCGCGACAGGCAAAUUCUCCCCCUUCCAAGACGAAUUCAGCUGCCACUUUCAGUUCCACUGAAAGAUCCACCGGUAAAUCAGGGAUUAGCACGAACGAUAAUGAGAAAAAGAAACCAGCUUCGCCGACCACAGUGGCCGCUACUAAUACUACUAAUAAUAUGUCGAAAGGGGACAAAAAGAUCAGUAAAGAUGAUCUCUACGAGGAAAAAUACGAGGUUGAUGAGGAUGAGGAGCUUGAUGAUGAAGAUAACCGUCACAGUGGUAGAAUCGUACAGGAAAAGGGAGUUGUCGUGAAAGAAUCUCCGGAACAGCAAAAACAGCGACAACUACAACAGCCGCCGCCGCCACAACAGCAAGAGUACACUGUGCGAGUAUCGUCUGACCACCUUAUCCAAGAUAUGAAUUUAAGUAGGGUAAGCAGCAGUCCCCAAGCCAGUGAGACUUCCAAUGAUGCUGAUGAAGAUGCUGAUGACGAAGACGACGAAGACGAAGAAUAUAUCGACCUAACGCUUUUGCAACAGGGCCAAUAUCACGCUCCAGGCUACAAAACCUUGCUCCCCCCGCAAGAUGAAAAUACAAAGGGAAAAAAAUGCUUGAUACUGGAUCUCGAUGAAACUUUAGUACAUUCUUCUUUCAAAUAUUUACGAUCUGCAGAUUUCGUUCUACCUGUGGAGAUAGAUGACCAAGUACAUAACGUUUAUGUUAUUAAAAGACCAGGUGUGGAAGAAUUCUUGGAAAGAGUGGGGAAGUUAUUCGAAGUUGUGGUCUUUACUGCUAGUGUCUCUCGGUACGGUGAUCCAUUGCUAGAUAUACUAGACGCGGAUAAGGUUAUUCAUCACAGGCUAUUCAGAGAGGCUUGCUAUAACUAUGAAGGAAAUUAUAUAAAGAAUUUAUCCCAGAUCGGAAGACCUCUGUCAGAUAUUAUAAUUCUCGAUAACUCUCCAGCAUCUUACAUUUUUCAUCCUCAACAUGCAAUACCGAUUUCUUCCUGGUUCUCAGAUACUCAUGAUAACGAAUUAUUAGAUAUUAUUCCACUUUUAGAAGACCUUUCUGUGAAAACAUCACUCGAUGUAGGCAAAAUUUUGGAUGUAACAAUAUAA